AUGAGUUUACCGGUAGAAAGUUCGCUUUAUGAAGUUCUUGGAGUAUCAAGAGAGGCUUCGAAACAAGAAAUAAAGAAGGCGUAUCGUGGAAAAGCGCUUCAAUUUCAUCCUGACAAAAAUGGGCACUCUGAAGAAGCGAAAAUCAGUUUCCAAAGGGUGUCAGAAGCAUAUAGCGUUUUGCAGGACGAUCACAAACGGGCGAUGUACGACCGUUUUGGAACCGCAGACGAAUCGCAGUGGUCUGCAAUGAAAUCUGACGGCUAUAGCAGAAGCAGUCCCGGGAUGUCUGCCGGUGACCUUUUCGCCCAGUUUUUCGGCGGUGGAACAACCACUGCUGGCGGAAGCAGCGGUGGAUUUUUUGGUGGCAAUAUGGACUUUUUCGGAUUCGGCUCAUCGCGGCAUAAGCCACGUCCCAAAACCCCUGCCUGUGGUCCCGAUAUCAAGCAUGUGCUAAAGUGUACCUUGGAGGAUCUUUAUAAUGGGAAAACCGCAAAGCUCGCUUUGAAAAGGACGAGGUUGUGUCGGGACUGCAAUGGCGAAGGAGCUACGAAAAUGACACCCUGCACAAUGUGUAACGGUCGUGGGAUGCACACACAGACCAGACAGCAGGGUCCCGUGACGCAGUCGUGGUCUUCUACAUGUCAUCGGUGCAACGGCCAAGGAACAUUUUGCAGGCAAGAUGAUAGGUGCAAGACUUGUCAGGGAAAAGGGUACGUUGGUGAGCGCAAGAUAUUCGAUGUGCAAAUAGAAAGGGGAAUGGAAAACGGUCAAGAAUUGAUCCUGCCCGGCGAGGCAGAUGAAGUGAUCGACUUGGGUAAUGAAAACGUAAAGGUAGUUCCUGGUGACGUUAUUAUAACAGUAGAGCAAAUUUCCGAUUCUAAGUUCAAGCGUGACAGGGAUGCGAGUCUAGUUUUCGAAAAGUGCCCCGUGGGGUUGAAAACCAGCUUAUGCGGAGGUCCCGUUUGGAUCAGCUCGCAUCCAAGUGGGAAAACCGUCAAAGUCGAUGUUUUACCGGGUGAGAUUUUGAAGCCUGGUGUUUUUAAGUGUGUGGAAAAUUUAGGCAUGCCUGAUGGUAAAGGAGGGUUUGGCAAUUUGUAUAUUGAGUUUGACGUGGUUUACCCCACAACGAUGAAGACCGAGACGAUCGGUAAACUAGCCCAGCUGCUCGAUCAGGACGAGCAAAUACAGGAAAUUGAAAGACAGCUACAGAUGCCUGCCCCGAAUGCAGAAACCAUUGUUGAGGAGCAUAGUUUAAGUGACUGCGUCCCGAGAUUUGAAAAACGCCAAAAUGCUGGGCAAGGCGGGGAAUCUCGAAAGCGACACAGGAGAAAAUGA